CGAUGACGUCACCGAGAAGCUUCACGAAGCUUGCAAAACACUUGCGUCAGAAGCUCGCGCAACAUCAUUCUCCGUGGUUAGAUCUUGACCACAAGGUGAACAACGCACAUCUUCGCUGACGAACAAACGAAACCAUGCUUGUGGCAAGACUGACAUGCCUGAGGAGCCUCCCCCCGCUCGGCGCCGGGCUCCGUCCCGGGCUAACCAAAGGCUCCGGCGCUGUAAGGACGUUCACCCUCAACUUGAAGCCAUGCCCAACCCACUUCACGCCCCAGCAGGGGUUUUCCUCAAAGGCCAGAUUUGGUUUCCGCCGGGCGAAGACGACCAGAGAUCAACUCAAGGAGGCGGCUUUCGAGCCGGCCACGGGCACGGCUUUAAAAAUUGACAGCAUGGGAAGAAUGAUUCUAGCUGGCGGUGCAGCAGUGGGCCUGGGAGCUUUAUGCUACUACGGCAUGGGCAUGUCCAAUGAGAUUGGUGCCAUUGAGAAAGCAGUGAUCUGGCCUCAGUAUGUGAAGGACCGGAUCCAUUCCACUUACAUGUACUUUGCGGGCAGCGUCGGACUGACGGCUCUGUCCGCCGUCGCGGUGAAUCGAACCCCGGCGCUCAUGGGACUCAUGAUGAGAGGCUCCUGGAUAGCUAUCGGAGCUACUUUUGCUGCUAUGAUCGGCGCUGGCAUGCUGGUCCGGUCCAUUUCGUAUGAGCACAGCCCGGUGCCCAAGCACCUGGCCUGGAUGCUGCAUGCAGGUGUGAUGGGUGCUGUGGUGGCUCCGCUCACUCUCCUGGGUGGACCCCUGAUGGUGCGGGCCGCCUGGUACACGGCAGGUAUUGUGGGCGGCCUGUCCACGGUGGCCAUGUGCGCCCCCAGCGAAAAGUUCCUCAACAUGGGCGGACCCCUGGCUGUCGGCUUCGGGCUGGUCUUCGCUUCCUCUAUUGGGUCUAUGUUCCUGCCACCCACCUCGGCGUUCGGAGCCGGCUUGUACUCUGUGGCCGUCUACGGCGGCCUGGUCCUCUUCAGCAUGUUCCUGCUCUACGACACGCAGAAGGUCGUCAAGAAGGCCGAGACGCAUCCGUUCUACGGAGUGCAAAAAUACGACCCUAUUAACGCCUGUAUGGGGAUUUACAUGGACACCCUGAACAUCUUCACCAGGCUGGUGAUGAUCCUGGCAAAUGGUGGCGGCGGCAGAAGGAAGUGAACAGCCAAAGGAGUUUUCUUUUCUUUUUUUUUCUUUCAACACUUCCACAGAGCUAUCUGGUGUUUGGAGUUAGCAACAAACAAGGUGUUUAUCGCAAGCAGUCUCUAAACACGUGGUAAAGAAGUUGUAACAAAGCACUUAAAGGCAGAGACCUCAGUCAUGGUAGAAUUGAUUCCUUUCUGCCAGUCAUCCAUUAACAUUUUGUAUUUAUUGUCGAAAACGGAUCUGUUCGGAGUCUGUUUGUAAGGGAACAGUGGAAUUCAAUAAAUGAUUCAUAUUGACAA